UGUUUAAAGCUGUAACACAAAAAUUCACACCAACACACACCUCACCUCCUCCCUCUCUCUCUCUCUCCUCCUUCCGUUUCUCUCUUCAACUUCCAUCGCAGUAUAUCGAUGGAGUCAAGCCUGUCGUCACUGCACGAUCACCACCAUUUCACUCCAAGCUUGAACUUUCGAACCGGAAACCCUCUCCGCUCUCAAUCUUCAAAACGCAGCUCUUUGAGGACUCCGAAAUUAGGGUUUCGAAUCAGUUCCACCAUUUCCUCCUCCACAACUCAGCAGGACAAAGCCGCCGCGAGCUCCGUCUACGUCCCCACACCGCAAAGCCGAGACCUUCGAACUCCUCACAGCGGGUACCAUUUUGAUGGAACUACCCGGAAAUUCUUUGAAGGAUGGUACUUCAAGGUUUCGAUUCCGGAGCGGAGGCAGAGCUUCUGUUUCAUGUACUCCGUUGAGAAUCCUGCGUUCCAGAAGCCGCUGACGGCUUUAGAAUUGGCUCAGAACGGGCAGAGAUCGACGGGCGUCGGUGCUCAAAUUCUGGGUGCUUACGACAAGUACAUUUGCCAGUACUCUGAAGAAUCUCAGAACUUUUGGGGAAGUAGGGAAGAGCUUAUGUUGGGGAACACUUUUAUAGCAGAAAAACAAUCGAAACCUCCGAACAAGGAGGUUCCUCCAAAGGAAUUCGAUAGUCGAGUGAUAGAAGGUUUUCAAGUCACCCCACUCUGGCAUCAAGGAUCUAUUCGUGAUGAUGGCAGGUCAGAUUAUGUGGAAACUGUGCCAACUGCUCGCUGGGAAUACAGCACCCGCCCAAUUUAUGGAUGGGGUGAUGUUGGGUCUAAGCAGAAAUCUACUGCUGGCUGGUUAGCAGCUUUUCCUGUAUUUGAACCCCAUUGGCAAAUAUGCAUGGCUGGUGGAUUGUCAACAGGUUGGAUAGAGUGGGACGGUGAAAGAUUUGAGUUUGAAGAUGCUCCUUCUUAUUCUGAAAAGAAUUGGGGUGGAGCAUUUCCAAGAAAAUGGUUCUGGGUUCAAUGUAAUGUCUUUGAAGGUGCUACGGGAGAAGUUGCUCUGACAGCAGGCGGCGGGUUGAGGCAACUACCUGGAUUAACUGAGACUUUUGAAAAUGCUGCUUUGAUUGGAGUUCACUAUGGUGGAAAGUUUUAUGAAUUUGUCCCCUGGAAUGGCCUUGUUAGUUGGGAAGUUGCUCCUUGGGGUUAUUGGUCCAUUGUUGCAGAGAAUGAAACAUACAUGGUUGAAUUAGAGGCAACAACAGAGGAUCCUGGUACAACGUUGCGUGCCCCAACAUCAGAAGCUGGACUUGCCCCAGCUUGUAAAGAUACUUGUUUUGGUGAUCUAAAAUUGAAAAUGUGGGAAAGAAGAUAUGAUGGCAGCAAGGGGAAGAUGAUAUUGGAUGUUACAAGUAACAUGGCCGCAGUGGAAGUUGGAGGAGGACCAUGGUUCAGUACUUGGAAGGGCAAGACUACUACACCCGAGCUCCUUAGCCGGGCUCUCAGAGUGCCCGUCGAUGUGGAAGGGGUAUACAAUCUGGUUCCGUUAUUGAAACCCCCUGGUCUGUAGCCCAUUGAUCAACGCUUUGUUGACGAUAAAACUUGUGUUAUCAUUUGCUUACAAAGUUCAAGUUUGAAAUACGUAAUAGUUUGUCAUGUUAAACGGUGUAAAUAUGGGAGCACUUUUCCAAGUUAAGUCUUUGUAAAUCGUCGUCUUUUUCCAUCAGAAAAGUGAAAACAACCCGGCAA